AUGUUCGCACUUCUCACACGAGGGAUACCAUCUUUGAAAAAGCAUCGAUAUUUCAAAGAAAAAUAUCAAAAUAGUUCAGAUGGCUAUGAAUCAUUAUUGGUUAUUUUUGAGAUUUUUUCUUCAAAAAAAUUACUUGAAAAUCACAAAAAUAAAUUUUUGCAGCUGGAAGACUCGAACUCGGAAGAUGGAAAACCCAAACCACCGGAUGUUCACAUACGAAUGCCACGAAUGGUGAACACAUGCCCACCAGGAUCAUCAUCGUUACGAUUAGCUCUGGUUGUUCUGAGUAUAGGUGCUGCCAGUCAUUUUUUGCUGUUCCUAGACAGUGUAGUAGACAAUUUACUACCAGCUGCUAUGCCGUUUUUCUUAUCAGUGUAUGAAACUAAAGAGAAUGCCAAUCAUGCGUGGGAGAUGCUUGUUUCAUCAAGAAUCUAUGGUCUUGCUAUCGGAUGUUUCAUCGCUGUCCUUCUAUCUCAUCGGCAUGGAAGAAAACUACCGGUUGUUGUUGGAACAAUACUUGAUGUUAUCGGGGUGAUACUAACAUUGCUCAUCACCUAUGUUCCUCAUGGAGUGACUGUUGCGACGAUUGGAAGAUUGAUUAAUGGGAUCGGGCAAGGAAUGGUACAAACCGCCGGUUCGGUAAUGCUCUCUGAGCUACCACCAUUGAAUAAACGAGGAACUGUUUUAGCUACACUGACAAUGUGGGCUUGCAUGGAGCUCUGGCAAUGGGCUAUGGGCUUCCCACUUCUUGUUCUUCUCCCCGCACUCUACAUCAUCUGCCAUGCCCCUGAAUCUCCCAGAUAUCUUUUCCUGGAGAAUCGUGAAAACGAAGCUAGGAAAGCAAUGUCGUACUAUCAGAGCCCUGCCGAUUGUAAACAAUCAAUCGAAGAGAUUCUGAUCGAGAAGCAAUAUGUGAGUUUGAGUGCUACAUUGCAAAUGGUGAAGGAAAAAAUUGAUGAGAACGGAAACUCGAGCAAAAAAGAGAAAGAUACCUUGUGGAACACGAUUAUUGAACGUUUGAAAGAUGGAAAUUCACCAGAGCGUUAUGGAAUUUUCCAGCUCUGGAUUUCGUAUUCGACUCAAAUAUUUGAAAAUUUCGGAUUGAGUUCUGGGAAAGCCCAAACUGCCUCGCUGAUUAUGUCGUUGCCACAAGCUGUGAUAAGUGUUGCGUUGUUAGGAUGCUUUGACAACUUUGAUCGCCGAACACUUCUCAUCGUUCCAACGAUUCUAAGUGUAAUAUUCGGUUUCCUCGCCAUCGUCUUCUCCAGCCCCGGCCUCUCAAACCUUGUACCGCUAUUUGUUAUCAUACCCAUACUAGCCACUUUUGAUCUAUCAGUUGCCGCGAUCAGUGGAGAAUCGGCUUACGCGAUUGUACCCGAACUUUUCCUUGCAAAUGACAAAGUGCUGGGAUCAGCUAUCGUUGGCAUCGUUCAGAAUGGAUUCGGAGGAGUGUUAACGAAUUGUCUUCUGACUGCACUUACAAAUCAUGGAAUUUCAAAUGUAUUGGUUCCGUUUGUUGCGAUGAACACUAUUUACGCAGCUGUAACUUACAAAUGGUUACCGGAAACAAACGGCAAAACUCCUCAGGAAAUCAGUCGUCACUUCUCUCCAGAAUUCCCAGGCACCAAUUUCUACUUAUACGUCAAGCACAAGUGCUCAAAAAUUGCUGCAUAUUUAACCGCCAAACCGGUGUUAUUAAAUGUGAUUAGUUUUAUUGUCCAGCUAGUUGGCUGCAUUUUUCUUCUGGAUUUUGGAGUCAGCAUUUUCAAAAAAAUUGGAGCGUGA